GCUCGCGAUAGGCCAAACUGAGAGCACCAGAAUCCCACGCGGCGUGUUAGUCCCGCCCCCCAUCAGGAUACACUUCCGGUUGUUGCUGCGGAUGUGUGAUGCAACCAGCUUGGAUCUACCUUUCAAUGGCCACCGCUGCCCCCCCUCCAGCCUCUGGCUCUACUGCGGCCACUGAAAACCCGAGUUCCGGAUCCACCAGCUCGACUGCGGCCGACAGCGGCAGCCAGGACAGCACAUUUGAGUGUAACAUAUGUCUGGACACAGCCAAGGAUGCAGUGAUCAGCCUGUGUGGACAUCUCUUCUGUUGGCCAUGUUUGCAUCAGUGGCUGGAGACCAGACCCAACAGACAAGUGUGUCCAGUGUGUAAAGCUGGCAUCAGUCGAGACAAAGUUAUCCCCUUAUAUGGGCGGGGAAGCACAGGUCAACAGGACCCCAGAGAAAGAACACCUCCUCGACCACAGGGACAAAGGCCUGAGCCAGAAAACCGUGGUGGAUUUCAAGGAUUUGGCUUUGGGGAUGGGGGUUUCCAAAUGUCAUUUGGAAUCGGUGCCUUUCCAUUUGGUAUUUUUGCCACAGCUUUUAACAUCAAUGAUGGAAGACCUCCUCCAGCGGCCCCUGGGACGCCACAGCACAUGGAUGAACAGUUUCUGUCUCGACUCUUCCUGUUUGUUGCACUGGUGAUUAUGUUUUGGCUGCUGAUUGCAUAAUUUAUGGAAUCAGCACAAAACAUUUAUUAAAUGCAAGGAAAGACAACAUUUUAGGUUAAGCCAAAAGAUUUGACAAGAAUGAGACAUGAAGGCACACGGUUUGUGCCAACAUGGUUCUGCCUCUAUACAUGUUUUGGUUUCCUUUUUUUCCUUUUUACCAAAUCAUUCACCCGCUUUGUGGAAACAAAACAAUGUCAGACAUUGUCUCUUUAUUGUAGAUGAUUUAAAAUACUGUAUUCAUGCAUAUAAGCAAUUGAAAGAUUAAUUUAUGAAACAGUGUUCCUCUCCAAAUAUUUUAUUUUACUCAGUUUACCAUGUCACUGUAAGUAAAUGUAAAAUACUGUAUUACAGAGUUAAAAUGGAGAUUGGUUGGUUAACAUGAAGCCAAUAAAUGUGAAUUCACUCUAGACAGUAAAGCUAUGUAAAUAAAAAUGUUAAUUAUCAUUUGUCUGUUUUUCUAUGAGGGUGUAAAUCUAUUAGGGCUUCAUUCUCACAUAAGCCUUAACUUGUCCAGUUAAUAUGCAAAUCAAGACACUGAAUUUUAAAUGACUUACUCAGUACUAAGAAAUGUUGAAAAGUAGAAUACGUAGUUAUUUUUCAUCCUUAAUUAUUCCACAUUUAAAAAAAGGAUGUACCUAAAACUCAACCACUUUGUUCUGUAAAAAAAAAACAGAAAAUAGAUAUUUUGGUCAUUUUGUGGCAGAGGUUUAUAGAAAACAGAAUAAAGUACAAAAAAAGUCA